AUGGCCCCAGCAGUGCUUGCCACGUCGGAUUUCCUGGUCUGCCGGAGAUUGGGGCAGGUCAUGGCCAGGCUGCUGUCGGAGGCCUCGGCCGGCGCUUGGCUCACAUCCCUGGGCCGACGGUGCCUGGAGCGCUCCUUCAACGAAGAUGGCGGCAUGGAUCGAGCGGAGUUGCUGCGGGCUUUUGCCACUGGCGCCGCCGCCUUCCUCGAGCGAUCGCCUACCAGCGGGAUUUGCGCCGAAGUGUGGAGCAUCACCCGCCAAGCGAUGCUCGACCAUGAUGCGGCUGAGAGGCGCAUCUGCGUCCAGCAGCUUCUUCCUGGCCUGGUGGCGGUGAGCCCCGCGGAGGUUUCUGCCAACCACAUCUCCGAGAUGGUGGCAGGCCUCUUCCAGUCAGGGAUGCCGGACGAAGGAGGCCCUGGACGCUCGACGGCUGCUACGCGCGAGGCGCUGAAUCUGGCCAGCGCCUUCGCUGGGCUUCUGGUGGACCACUGGAAGCUGAGCUCCUUGCAAGGCGACCACUCGCCCAUGGCCCUGGCGCUGAUUUCGGAGGGCCUGAAGUUCGGCCUGAAGGACUGCGGCAGCCUGCGGAAGCAAGCCCGGUUUUUGCUCGAGACGGCCGUCCAGAAAGCGCUGGUCGCUAAGACUGCCGAGAGCGACUUCCGAAGUCAUGCAGGGGUCGGGCUUUCGGCGGUUUCCUCGGCCUGGCGCAGCUAUUGGGAGCUCUUCGACACCUUGGAGGACUACUCCAGCCACCUGAUCAAAGCGGGUUGGGACGCACUCAUCAAGCGGUUGAUGCAGUACCUCGCUGAGCUGAAGAAAGGAGGUGCCAGCCAGCUCGCCCCAUGCUGCUUCGGCGCCUUUUGGCUGGAGGUUUUCUUGAUCCGGGCCCUGGACCACGACAACGACAGCGUGCAGAAGUUUGUUCUGGGGCAGCUGAUGUGCCUAGAUCUCCAUGUGGCCGCCCUCUCGGAGAGCUUUGUCCUCACGGAGGUGCUUCCGCGAUUCGGCAAUGGAAUUGACAGCCUCUACCCGCGCACUGAUGUCGAGAGAACCUUCGAGCGCCAGGUGACGAGCUUCUUCCUGGGCUUCAUGUCCCAGCACCCGGAUGGCCCCGACGUGGCUUCCGCGAGGUUGCUCGAGGCCCUGCUAGACAUUCGGGCCGUGCAUUUCACGCCGGUGCGCCUGGUGCUGUCGGCAUUACAGCAGGCUGAGCUGACGCGCCGCUCAUGGCCACCCAAGCGGGCCCUGGAGGUGGCGCGGAGGUUCUUCAGCAGCGAGGUGCUCUUGCGUAUGCCCAACAGCGUGCGGCAGGCCUUGGCCGAGCAGUUCCUGGAGGUGCUCGCACACCUCACCGUCAGCGAAGAGAACACGCCAGAGUCGGGAGCCCUGGUUUCCCAGCUGGCGGAGACCGUGGCUGCGGUCCCCGAUGCGGUGUUUGGUGCCCUCCGCCCCGGGCUUGGCGCGCUGGCUCCCAUUUGCCUCGCUCUGGACCGACCGGCAUCAGCAGGCUGCGUGGCGACGCUGCUACAAAGUCUGGUUUCGAGCUACUCGCCGCCCACCCGGGAUGCGUCAUCACCGGAUCGGAAGCCCAUGGACGCUCUGCCCCUGGCGAUGGGAGCUGUGCGCCUUCUGACGGUGCUCUGCGAGGAAGUGUUCACCAGCAUAUGGCCCGCCUUGGCGCCCACCUUGCAGGAUCUCCACCGCCGCAGCUACCUGCCUCGUCGUGCCGCGGUGGCUUCGCUCUUCGCCUGUGCCUACGCCGCGAGCCUGGUGCCGGGCUUUGCGUCGAAGGUUCAGCGGCAGGAGGCGGCGCACGCCGAGAUCCUGGCCUAUAUCGAGGCACGUGCUCGUCUGGCCAUGGGCCAAGGGAGGCCCGAGGAGGCCGUGCAAGAAGCCUGCUGGGUGUGGCUGUAUGCUCUGGGCCUGGAGCGGCUGGGCCAACCCACGUCGCCACAUUGCCAGGCGCUGGUUGCGGCAGCGCGCGGCGUGCUGCACAGUUCUGCCGCCGAAUCGCCGGCGGAGCUGCUUGCCUCGGCCGCCGCCGCAACCAUCCUCGGAGCCCUGGCGCCGCAAGCCGCACCGCAGGAGCGCUGUGAGAUUUUCAUGCUGCUUUGGCGCGCCCAAGUGCGGCGGAAGCCGGAUGGAGUCGUCGACUCGCGCUUCGGCAUUGGCAUCUCCGAAGACAUCGGGACCUGGCAGCGAAGUCGGCUGGAGGAGUACGAAGACGUGGCGCGGGUGGAGCGCGAGGGUUUGGGGCGCGUCCAGGAAUGGCGGGAUGUAGCGCCUGUGUUCCUGGCGGCAAAGUGGCGUGCUCUCUCGGGAAUCGUCCUGGGGCAAGAGAACUUCUUGGCGGCGCUGUCGGCACACACAGGCAACAUCGAAGAGAUCGCCACGGAGUUGCUCCAGGAGCUCGAAACUCUUCAAACGCCGCAUGUGGCCUACUGGGCGGUGGUGGCCCGGCGCGUCGCCUACCCGGUCUUCUUCCAGGAGGAUGCUUUGCCAGGCGAGGUUCAGCGAGACGCACUGGCGGAGACGUGCCAGUACCUCCGGGGCUUCAUCUCACAAAGCGUGGGCGAAGGCGCCGUCUUUAUGGCCCGGGGCUGCAUCAUCGAGCUCGCCGCGGCCCUCCUGGACCCCACUUUGCGCGCUGCAGAGGUUCGACUCUUCCCCGAGGGCGAGAAGGUUGGUCCAGUGACGGCCGCGGUCAGAGAGCUGCUGGCUUUGGGCGAGACAGGUACAGGCGUGUCACGCUCCAUCGCCGUUCCCCUGCUCGCCACGCUCUUGGGAGACUCGCAGGAUGCGGGCGACGCCGGGGUGGCGUCCGCCGCCGACAUGCUGACCGCCUUGUUGUUGCACAGCGAGUACACCAUCAAGGACGGCGCGCUGUGCCACAGCGCCGCGCCCUGCGCAGGAGCCAUCGACGAGAGCGGUCCCGGUAGCCAAGGUGCGCUGGCGUCGAUAAGCCCUGGUGCUGAGGCGAUCUGCUCCAAGUUCGGAGGCACUUCUGCUUUGCCCCGGGUCCUGGCGCUCGCUGGCCUGGACGGCUUCGCGAAGCGCGCUUCAGGAGGGCCUCUACCCAGGCUCGUCCGAGAGGUCUUGGCGCGGCUCCUGGCGGCGUUGCGGAAGGAGCUCCAGACCAUCAUCGAGAGGCCGGCGGGCGCCAACAAGCCGCUCACACCAAUGCCCCUCAGCGCGCAGCACCGUCUGCAGCUGCGCGGUUGGCAGGCAGUGCUGGUCUUGGGCUGCCACGCAGACCGCGCGACCGCAGAGGAGCUCCUGCUAGAGCUCUUCUGGCACCUCAGGACACCUCACCUUCCGGACGUCCGCGACUACCAGGAACUGCUCGGCUGCGUGCUCUGCGCCCGCUUCGAGGACCUCGCGGUGAAACCACAAUUGGUUCCUGCACUACAGGUCUACGACUGCAACAACCAAGUCAGCGCAUCACUCCUUGUGAUUGCCAGCUACCUCUUCCGGCAGUGGACGCAGACGGCGCUCCCGCCCUACUGGGGGGCUUUGGCACGGGCUGUGGUUCCGUACCUCGGCCACAACUCCGCCUACGUCAGGGGUACGGCCUGCUGGGGCUUCUUCGAGGUCGUCGCCUCCGCCAAGGCUUCCGGCGCGCUGCGCCCAGGCGAAGACGCGGACCACAGGAUCCUGGACGAGCUGCACGGCUUCCUUGCCUCGAACCGCGAGUGCCAGAAGAUGCGCAGGCGGCUCAAGCCGGUCUUCUUGCAGUUCGACACCACGAAGACAGCUCUGGAGGCUCUCACAGAGACCUGCGAGGUCCUCCCCCGCACCACGGAUCGCGAGAUUCUUCAGCCCCUGAACCUCUUCGCCGAUGGCGACUUCAGGCCUUCGCAGACUUUCCUGGCGCUGCUGAAGGAGGAAGUUGCCAAGGAGAUGGACGACAUCUUCGAUGCGGAGGACUGCAGCCAGUACGCCUCAGGAUCUGAGCACUGGGAGGAGGCGCAGCGAUGUGCUCUUCGUGCUGCACAGGCUGCACAGGCUGCACAAGGUGUUUACGAUGCAGUCACUGCGUACCUUCUCUUUGCCAACAUACCAUGGAUGCUACUCUGGAUGACGGAACGCGCCAGGUCUGAAAGGUACGCACACGAGCCGCAAGAUCAUGUGGUAAAGGAGGCCAUGUGGACAAAACACCAAAACGUUGUUCGAUCAAAACUUGGUCGUUGCCUGCGAGCCGCUCCAAAUGAUGCAGAGCCGCAGGCAAGCGACUGCCGAUGCAUUGACAAAGCCAACCAACGCAGGGACGACAUGGAAGAUUCAGCCCUGUCCCGCUACAAUGCUUACAUUCUCCUGACCAAACAGGAUUCAGCCCUGCAGCGGAAGUUCAUUCCGCCGGCGCCGCCGCGCCUGCCCGACGACGCGGUCACCACGGGCGGAGGACAAGCUCCCCGGGCGCCGCUGGUGGUGGUGGCAUCACUGGUGGACAAGCUGCCCAACAUGGCGGGCCUGUGCCGAACCUGCGAGGUGUUCUACUGCGAGGCUUUAUGCCUACCCAACCUCAAGGUCGUCACGGAGCAGGCCUUCCAGUCCAUCUCCGUCACAGCCGAGAAGUGGCUUCCGCUGCGCGGGGUCCCGAAAGGCCAGCUCGACGCGCAACUUCGAGAGCUUAGGCAACAAGGCUAUGCGUUGGUGGGUGUCGAGCAGACGCACACCAGCGUGCCGCUGGAUCAGUGGAGCUUUGCCGAGCGCACUGCGAUUGUCCUAGGUGCAGAGAAGGAGGGCAUCGACGCCACUUUGCUGCCCUUGCUGGAUGGCUGCGUCGAGAUCCCGCAGCAGGGGCAGCUGCGGUCAUUGAAUGUUCACGUGUCCGGCUCCAUCGUGAUAUGGGAAUACGUCCGCCAGGCUCGUCUUCGCACUGCUCACGCCGCAGCUUCGUGA